AUGGCGAAAUGGUCGGUUUUACUCUUUUACCUCCUCCAAGGACUGGCUCAUCUUAUUACUGGACAGCAGCAGCCACCGCGUGAGCGAGUGGGGCCUUGGCGGCAGAGGAUUCAGUGGAAGAAUAACGGUCAGGUGUACAGUCUAAUGAGCACCGGGUCAGAGUAUCAACCAUUGGCGCGCCCAAGGAGCCAGUCCACGGUAUACGUGAGCACUAGGAGGGAUGGCACCGGCCAGACGCAGCCUGGAACGCGGGAAGGCAGAGUGGCUCACAUAAGAUCUGGACGAGUGGAAUCGAAUUUAGGCGCAGAACAUUUACGGGACCAAACCAACAAUGUUCUAGAUCCUGGAUCUGUAGCUCUAGGACAUGACAAUGGGCAGUAUGUGGUGCCCAAUGCUCGGCGGCACUCAGGCGCCAGACAGCAACCUGCGGUUCCAUACCGAGCGGGAGUGGCGGGGUCCCCUGGCGCACGGCGCUACUCUCCAGAGUACACAUACCGAGUCAACGCAUCAGUCCCCGCGCUGCUCCCCGAGUUCUCCGGUAGCGGAAUACCGAGGAGGGGAACGCCAGUCACUCAGGAUGCUACCGGGGAUGCUCGCUCGGGGGUUCAUGCCUCUCCACCCCGGGGAAGCGAGGCAGUGCUUGUGCCGGGUGGAGAAUACCAACAGAUACGCGCUGAGCCGGAAGCAUCCAUCUCCAGGCAAACCGCACAAAUGGAACAUUCCAACUCAGGUUAUGUCGUCUCCAACGGCAGGGAUGCUCCUCCACUACCCAGACCCGAUAACAGUGCUGAGACGUCGAUCGAGGCAGCGAGUAACGGCGAGGACAUGGUCUCAGACGACCCUAGGAACCCUUUUAAAAACCACCGGAAUUCCGUUUUCUACAACAUGUACCCCUCCAGAGGCAGAACGCCGGUAGUGCGCACGCGGCGUCCCCCGGCGCCAGCCCCUGGCACUGGAUACGGAACCAGAUAUUUUCAGAAUGGGCUCCCAGACCUCGUCCCAGACCCGUAUUCCAUCCAGGCUGGUGCCUACAUCCAGCGGAUGCAGAUGUACUCGCUGCGCUGUGCAGCUGAGGAGAACUGUUUGGCGAGGUCAGCAAGCACAGCCAGGGACAUAGACUACAGAGUACUGCUCCGCUUCCCCCAGAAGGUCAAGAACCAAGGCACAACUGACUUCCUUCCGGUCAAACCAAGACACCAGUGGGAAUGGCACAGCUGUCACCAACACUACCACAGUAUGGAUGCCUUCAGUAACUAUGAUCUGCUGGAGGUCACAACAGGAAGGAAGGUGGCAGAGGGACACAAGGCCAGUUUUUGUCUGGAGGACACAGGCUGUGAUGCUGGAUUCAGACGCCGCUACGCAUGCACAGCACAUACACAGGGGCUGAGUCCAGGAUGUCAUGAUACAUAUGCUGCGAAUAUUGACUGUCAGUGGAUCGACAUCACUGAUGUUCCUACAGGAAACUACGUUCUGAGGGUCACAGUCAACCCCAGUUAUCAUGUGCAAGAGUCAGACUAUUCCAACAACGUGGUGAGAUGUGAUGUCACAUACACAGGUACUCAGGUUCAAACACGGAACUGUCGGCUAACCAGGUAA